AUGUGUGGACAGCGUCUCAUCCAGUGUGGGAUGAGCUGGAAGCAGAUGUGUGUGUUCUGUGCCGGAAAUGUGCUAUUGGCAGUGGCAUGCUUUGCCGAGCCUUCCAAGCACCCCCUGCUCGACACAUAUGGGCGGUGUGGCAUGGUAUGCAUUGGGCUUACUGUGCUUAUUGCUCUUCUGCUUCUUGUGUCGUACAUGGACGAAGCUGAUGGAGAAAAGGCAUCCACAGGUGGGAGUGGGGCUGUUGUGAUGAACUGCCUGUUUGUGAUGAGUGUGGCGGUCACCACCUUUGCAUCGUGGGUAUCAAGCCGGGACUACUUCAUGACGUACAGGAGAGGCACCGACGAUAUGACUGGUACUGCUGCCGCAUAG